AUGGUAGUCAUAGCCCAUUUCAUGGACAGUGAGUGGAAUUUGCAUAAAAGAAUUAUCAAUUUCACAAAGAUCACCAGUCACAAGGGUAUUGACAUAGGCAAGACUUUAUGUGCAUGCUUGAAUGCUUGGGGGAUUGAAAAAUUGUUUACCAUUACGGUUGACAAUGCUUCGGCAAAUGAUGGGCCGGUUGUGUAUGUGAGAAAUAGGAUGAAGGAUUUCAAUAACCUUUUGCUUGAUGGGAAGUAUUUGCACUUGAGGUGUGCAUGUCAUAUCCUUAACUUGAUUGUUAAGGAUGGGUUGAAGGAGCUUCUUAGCUCAAUCGAGGGGAUAAGGAAUUGUGUAAAAUAUAUUCACUCAUCCCCAUCAAGGUUAGAUUCUUUUAGGGACCAUUCCUUGGAGAUGAGAAUAGAUGGGAUGGCAAAUGUGCCAAUGGAUGUGGCGACAAGGUGGAAUUCAACCUAUAAAAUGCUUGAUUGUGCUUUCAAGUACAAGAUCGUGUUCAAUAGGAUGGCGGCGGAAAAUGUAGCUUUUCAAGCUUACUUUGAGGAGAUAGAUAAGGAUGGGAUGAAGAGAGUGGGUCCUCCGAGUAAUGAAGAUUGGGAGAAGUCAAUCUCAUUUGUUCACUUUCUUAAGAAAUUCUAUGACACAACCUUGAAACUAAGUGCAACCAAAACGGUUACAUCCAAUAUAAUUUUCCAUGAAUUGGUUAGUUUACAAGUUGAGAUUGAACUCAAAAUGAGUGAUUCUAGAGAUGCGAUCUUGCAAAGGGUGGCUUCAUCAAUGAAGAAGAAGUUUGACAAGUAUUGA